CUUAAGAGUAUAUUACAAGAAUACAAAAAAACGUUACUUUUCUAUCAUUCUGCAUCCUCAAAAGAAUAAAAACCCUCCACAACCCCGCAAACCCCAUUACUGCAACUCCCGAUCAAAAAUCCCCAAAUCCGCCGCUUCCCUGCAACAGGUUCUCUCUCUCUCGGUCGACGCUUCCCUGCAACAGGUAUUGUCUCUCACAAGAACCAUAAAACUGGUUUCAAGCUCAAGAUCGUGACUCAAAGGGGCUUUCAAGGGUUCUCCUGCAACAGAAGGAUUUCUGCUAUUACGUAAUCAUUCGCACUUUCCAACGGAGGCGAGUCGCUCUUCGGCUACCACCAGUAAUCACCGCAGCAGCGAUGUCUGAGUUUUAGCUUCCGGCAAAGUGGAGAGAGAGGCUUCAAGGUUUAUGUAUUGGUUAUGGGUGAUUCAAACAAUCCUCGUUUUAGAUGCCCUCACUGUGCUGGUCCUCUUUCCAAAGAAAUGGAAACCAGCAAUUGGACUGUUCCACCGCUUGUCAGGGAUAGCUUUUCCAUGAUUGGUUCUGCUGUUGGUGGCACAACAAGUGCAUUCUAUGGGUUUAAUCAUGCAAUGCCAGUUGUUCAAAGAUGUGUAAAAGGGCCUAUGUGGUUGCAUUUCCUCAUUGGUGCUCCACCUGUAAUAGUCUUUUCUUCAGCUUGUGCAGGGUUGGCAGGUGGUGCCAUUCCAGCUCUAGCGCAACUUCUCUCUUCAGCUUAUCAUGCUGCAAUCUCGUCAUCAUUGCCUCCAUCCACAGCACAGGAUGGUAAGAUGCAUGAAUCAAGAACCUCUACUCUGUGAUUCAUUCUCUUUGUGCAGAGCUUUUCAAGGAAUGAAUUUCCCCCCAAACCCCCACCCCCAGCCCCACCCCCACCCCCACCCCCACCCCGGCGAUGUUAAAUGGACCACUUGAGGGUUGUAUAUUGUAGGAAUUUCAACGAUGGGUUAAAUAAACACUCUUUAUCCACCCAAAAAAAAAAAAAAUGAUUUAUUGAGGUACCAAGGUACAGAUGGUCCCUGUAUUUUUUGGCUUGAUAAAAACUCAAUCCUUGUUGACUGUGUCAAAGUGAAAUUCCUAUCA